ACGUCAAAUACGUCAAAUCUUCUAGCUAUUAUAGCACUUCAAUAUUAUAAUAUCACAAAAUUAUAAGUGUAAUGUUUUAUUAGCCUUAAAAAUGCAACUGCAUUAAAUUCAGUGAAAUUUGAAUCGGAAUGGACAAACAGGGCAAUGAAAAAAACAAACUGAAAAUAACCGCAAGCAUUUCAAAAAGAGAAUUAUCAAUGAGCUCUCUGAUACUCUGGAAUAUAAACAAAGCUAUCGAAGGGUUAGGACAUUCUACUGAUUUAAAGAAUGACAUCCAAAAGGCAUUUGACCGCAUGGAACACUUUGACGUAAAAUCAAUGAUGAGUCUGCAACUGGAGGAGCAACACCUUUCGUGCGCUGUACUGGCUUGGCAAAGACUUGGACAUAAGAGCGCAGAGAGCUUAUACGAGUAAUUAAGUUAAUUAAUAUUGCCAGAUUCCAUUUGCAGAUUCAUUACAGAACAACGCAAGCAGUCAUUAAGCUCUAUGGACGACUCGAUACCCUCGAAGCUGAAAGAAUCUGCUAAUCAUGAAGUGUCCGACUACAAUAUAAGUAUUCACUCGAAAAACUUUGAUACUUCCUCCGUGGUCGGGCCAGUGGUGAGAUUGCCUGUGGAAACUAAGAUUUUGAUGCGCUGCGAGAACCACAACACUUGCUCGCGUCAUCAGCCUAAGAAGGAGAAACCUGCACCAGUUAAUAAAUUACAAACCUCAUGCCCCGUGGAUUCUUUGUGCACAAAGAGAUUGGCAGAAGUGGACAAAAAGACGAAGGAGUUGAGAGAGCGGGCAUCGAAGCUGGCCCGACGUGAAGCAGAGAGAAUAGAGUUGCUGGAGAGAGCCGAAGCGGCUUGGUUUAAGUUGGAGCUUGGAUAUCAGAAGAAGAUAGAGACUGCUGAAGAAAACGAACAAUAUUUAGCUAAACAGAUUACUAAGACGAUAGAUGAACGGAACAGAUUUAAGGAAGCCACAAUGAAAUUGGUUAAAAGACUCAAGGAAGUGUCCGAACAAGCUGAAAAAGAUCGGGACCGUUUGAUGGCGUUGGAAGAAGAAGUGCGCGAUAUCGCUUGUGAACAUCUCCGUCUGAGAGAGGCUGCAGCGAAAAGCGACAACAGCCUUACAGAACAGCAAUGUCAAGCACAGCAGUUGGACAGAGAAUUACAGUACAAGGAAGAGCAAGCACGCCGUAAAGUGAUAGCGCUUCAAGGUGAUGUGGAUUCUGCUCGAGGACUGACGAUAGAAGUUGAGAGGGCUAUGAGAGCUGAACUGGCUGCCCUUAAGGACCAGAUGACUCCAGUCUCCAAGGAACUGCUCCGAGAAGAAGCAGAGAACAAAAGUAUGAUGGAUCAACUUGAUAAGCUGCGCGAAGAAAAGAUGCAAUUGAUUAACAGCCUGGAUGGCUGCAAAGACAUGUGCGAUAAAAACAUGCAGAAGAGAGUGGACGAGUUGAAGAAGAAAAGAGAAGAGCUGUUGGAGUUGCAGAACAGAGUUAUUGCGUGUCAAUGCAAGCUGCCGCAAGAUGUCGCUGUUGAAGUGAAGCGAACACCGUCAUUUGCUGCGCUUUGUAAAUGCAGUGUUGAAGACAAACUAACUGAGUCAUGUUCGUGCACGUCUUUAAGAAGCCAGCUCCUGUCCAAUCUGUUUGCGGAUUUGUUCAGGGGCUUGCAGUCAGAACUCGGCGGAGCGGGUGCCGCGAUGCCGUGCGAAUUGCUCAAAUGCUUAGAAGACCGCCACAACUGGGACAAAGCGAGCCAACUAAAGACGAAUCUGCGGAGAUAUUUUGCUAAUUUACUGGUUGGAGAGUUGGACAUAGCGAUAGCUACGUCGAUUGAAAAGUAUCACGCGAGGUGGGUUGGAGAAUGCUGUGUUGACUCAGUACGUCAGAUUUCGGAACGUUCUGAUGAAGAUUAUGAAGGCUUACAAGAGCGGGUUAUUGAGCGUCGGGCCCAAAAACUUGCAACGAAACUGGCCGAGCAACUAUUUAAAGAAAAAUCUGAUCAGUUGGAAAAGAAAGCAAAGGAUAUCGUUGCGUCUGGUCCACCGCCCUGCGAAUGCAAGCCUGACAAUCAAGCAGUAUUUCAUUGUUCCGUCAAGGCACCGACUACAACAAAUUUAAAAAAAACACAAAACACAACGCCGGCUUCAUUCAAACGAACAAUACAGAAUGUAAAUGAACUGAAGGCAGAAUUAGCAGGACUCAAAAAGGAUACUAUUAAAAAAGAAGAUUUAAAACAAACGGAGGAUAGAAUAACUAAAUUAAUUCAAAAAGCUUCGAAACCAGAAUCAAAACAAGUCAAUCCCAAUCAACCGCUUAGUACUAAGGACAAGCUUGAUGACACUAAGUCUAGAUGUAAACACCUAGACUUAAAUAAACAAAAGAAAAAAAUUAAUCGUCUUGGUAGUAUCCCACCCAGUCGAAUCGAGAAAAACUCAAAUGGUCUAUUUUCUAAUAAAAAAAUACAGGAAUUAGUAAAUUUAUGUUUAUGUAGUAAUCAACAGAAAACAACGAAACAAAAGGCAUUAAGCUAUGUAGUUUUUAGUGACAAUGAAUCAAAAAUAAAUCGAUUGCCAGAAUUAUUAAAUCAUGGAACAUCUCCAAUAUCUGUAAAAAAAUUACCUAAGCCAGUAAUACAACUGCAAUAUCCAGAAAUAGAUCAUCAUGUACAGUCAAAUAUUAAAGCGCUUUGCGCUAGUACUUGUGAAUGCUUUCAUAAUGUUCCAUCAGGUACUUCAAUUAAUAAUUUACUACAAUCACUGAAAACAUGGAAAAAUAACUUAGGAGAGUGUGAAAAGCACCGGAAACCAUUUGAUACUAUAAUUGGGUCAAUAAAUAACGAAUUAGCGAAAAAUGAUACUUACGAAAAAGAAUUGGCACCCGUUAUCAACAUUCAACAAAGUUUGCAAAAGUUUAACUGUGAGCCCAGUUGCCAUAAUGAUAAAAUGAUGGUUGAUAAAACUUUAUUUAAAGACACGUCCUUGUCACCGCAGUCUGAGUACAUGGGUGCUGUAAAUUUGGAUAAAAGCAACGAAAAUUACUCUCCGAUACCCACUGUUAAAAGUGGACAACAUGAUAAUAUCAUCUCAGAAAAAAACAUACGAUUUCUGAAAUCAAGCUUAUAUAAAAAUACUUCAAGUCAAAAAACUAAACAGAGGCCAUUAGCAGUUUUAUAUAAAACAAAAUCUCUUGUCUUCAAUUCAGAUAAAGAAACUAGUGUUAAAGAAAACACGGCUAAUGUUGCAAAGAUUGACAAUAAUCAAGAAAAUUGUCUUGAUACCAAUAAAAUCAAUGAAACUUCAAAACAUUCUCCAUGUACCGAUUACGAUAUUAAUUUCUUGGGUGUUACUUUAACAAACAUAAAAAGUAUAAGUAAACUAAAAAAAGGGAUUGAAGAAAAAGAAUUGUAUAAUAGAUAUGGUAAAAACGUAGCAUUACCAACAAAGCUAGACAAAAAUUACAAUAAUACAAGUUAUCAAAAUAAAUAUAAGAAUGACAAGUUGAAAUCUUCUACUAAAAGGUCUUUAGACAAAAGUGAGUUACAUUCCACUGAUACAUCAUCAUUAGACAAAAAUGAAUGCAUUUGUUGUUGUAACAAAGAUGAACACAGAGAACUCGAAGUUAACACCUAUAAUUUGUUGGAAGAUUAUUUAAAAAAUCAUAUUUCUAAAUUUAGGAAUAGUAUAUGUAAAUCAUCAUGUAUUACGCAAAAAGAGGAGGCAGAUAUUUAUUCAGAUAUUAUAUCAAAGAUCAAGGAUUUAAUAACACAGACUACAAAACAUCAGAUGUGUGAUUGUGACAACGAAAAUAAUACCAAUGGGAGUUGGACCCGUGUGUAUGGCUUGCUACAAGAGUACUUGAAGAUUAAAUUAAAACGAAUUCAAUGCACUUGUAGGUCUCCUCUAACUAACAAUAAACAUAUUUAUCCAAAUAUUCUAGAAAAUGUAUUUCAUCUUAUCGACAAUGAUAUUCAAAAGUUAAAAACACUAUGCAACUGUAGUAAAUUGCCCACAAGAGAUAUAGAAACAGGACAGAAAUCUGGUGAUAUUAUUCAGACUGAUGAAAAAAAUUUCGCCGAAUUGCCAAGUCCUGAAGUCCUUCCGAAUACUCAAAAGCUAAUUUCAUUAUAUACUUCUCAAAUGCUGCCUAAAAAAGACAAGGACCUAGGGAAAAAAGCAAAAGAUGUAACAUGUAACGAUAAAGGAAUUGGAAGUGCUAAUAACUUUAAAGUAAAUAAAUUGAUAUCUAGUCCUAAAAUUGAAGACAUUUUAAAUAAUUUACAAGAAUUUUCAAAUUGUGUAGUAAACAAAUCAUGUGAGGCAAAUGAAGGUAAUUUGACAGGUCAGAAACUAGAAAAGGUAACUUCAUGUCACUUGAAUAAGGUUUACGUGACUGAUUGUAGCUGUCGAUGUGUUCUAACUGAGCCGUAUUUAUUUCAAAAUAACAAAAAUUCACGGAAUAUUGCGGCAACAAAUGAAAAGCAUGUAAGCGUUAGUAAUGCAGUAAAAAAAUACGAUCCAGAAAUAGAAUUGAAUGAUAAUAAUAAACCUGUAUUUCCAUAUAUUGGAUGCACUAUAAAUUGCUCUUGUGAUCCAUCUUUUGGAUGUAUUUGUACAAAAGCUCAUGUUCAAGUUAAUGAUGAAAAGAUAAAAGACAUUUGGAACUCCAUAACAGACUACAGUAAUAUUUCAGAUAAACUGUCCUACAUUAUGCGUAAUGUGUCACAAAAAGUCAAAACUGAGCUUGUUGAAUAUACAGGUACAGCGCUUGACGUGUAUCUCAGCGAUGAAAACCCGACCAAUAGCAUAAAUUUAAAUUCUGAAACACAAACUAAUGUCCACGAUGAUGACUACGUUUUAAUAUUCAAAGGUUCAGAUUGCACAGUUGAAAAAGUAAGUAAUAAAACAAGUAUUAAAGCUCAUAGUAGUAAAAUAAACGACCAAUAUAUUAAGCCAAUGACCUGUAGCUCUUUUCAUUCCUGUUGUGCAAAUAUCGACUGUAAUGAUGAAGCAACAAGGAAUAAAAAUACACUAUAUAGCUCUUUAUACUUACCGAUUGAAAGUAAUUCUACCCCUACUGUCGUAAGUCAAAUUAUAAGCAACAACGCUUCAAGGAUCUCUUUAAAACCAUCUGUGCAUUGUGGAUGUGUAAAUGUGCCUAUGUGUCAUGUCAAAAUGCUUGUAACAGAUAUUGAGUACAAUUUGAAAAAUUUGAAAUGUAUGUGUGAUACUAUGAGCCCAAAUGUUUGUCCUAUUCAUUCAAAUAAAAUAGAUAAUAAAAUUCCUCAUGAAGACAUUAAUUAAGAAGGGCCUUGUAAUUUUACUACCUCGUUUUGCGUUUUUAAACAUUUAUUUAAUAAAAAAGAU